UCCAAACUCUGUCAUGGCGGCACCCAGGCCUCAAGCCGGUGUGAGGAACGGAGAUGUUGAGCUUUUUGUCCGCUCGACAGUCGGGUUUGGAGGACCCUCUUCGCUUGCGUAGAGCGCAGUCCACACGGAGGAUCCUGGGACUGGAAUUAAACAAAGACAGGGAUGUUGAGAGAAUCCAUGGCAGUGGGGUCAACACCCUCGACAUUGAGCCUGUGGAAGGAAGAUACAUGUUGUCAGGAGGUUCCGAUGGUGUGAUUGUACUCUAUGACCUUGAGAACGCCAGCAGACAGCCCUAUUACACAUGUAAAGCAGUGUGUUCCGUUGGCAGAAGCCAUCCUGCUGUUCACAAAUACAGCGUGGAGACUGUUCAGUGGUAUCCUCACGACACUGGCAUCUUCACAUCCAGCUCAUUUGAUAAAACUCUGAAAAUAUGGGAUACAAACACAUUGCAGGCUGCAGAUGUGUUUAAUUUUGAGGAAGCAGUUUAUAGUCAUCACAUGUCCCCAGCAGCCACCAAGCACUGUCUGGUAGCCGUUGGAACUAGAGGACCCAAGGUACAACUUUGUGACUUAAAGUCUGGAUCCUGCUCUCACAUUCUACAGGGUCACAGACAGGAAAUAUUGGCAGUUUCCUGGUCACCACGCUAUGAAUAUAUCUUGGCAACAGCAAGUGCUGACAGUAGAGUAAAAUUAUGGGAUGUGAGGAGAGCAUCGGGAUGCUUGCUUACUCUUGACCAGCAUAAUGGGAAAAAGUCUCAAGCUGUUGAAUCAGCAAACACUGCUCACAACGGGAAAGUUAACGGCUUAUGUUUUACAAGUGAUGGGCUUCACCUGCUCACCAUUGGCACAGAUAACCGGAUGCGGCUCUGGAAUAGCUCCAGUGGGGACAACACACUGGUGAACUACGGGAAGGUGUGUAACGACAGCAGGAAAGGGCUGAAGUUCACCGUGUCCUGUGGCUGCAGCUCAGAGUUUGUGUUUGUUCCCCACGGCAGCACCAUCGCUAUGUACGCAGUCUACUCGGGAGAGCGGCUCGCCAUGCUUAAGGGACAUUACAAAAGUGUCGACUGCUGCGUGUUUCAGCCCAAUUUCCAGGAACUUUACAGUGGUAGCAGGGACUGCAAUAUCCUUGCUUGGGUACCCGCUUCAUAUGAACCAGUUCCUGCUGAUGACGAAACUCCUGCCAAAUCCCAGUUGAACCCAGCGUUCGCGGACACCUGGAGCAGCAGUGACGAGGACGGGUGACCGUCAGCCCUGGCUCCUUGUCCAUCAGACUUCCAUGGCAGUGCUGUCUGCACUUCAGCGCAGGCGGCCUCUUCUUCCCGUUAUUGUUGGUUUUGAGACAGUGUCUCACCGUGUAACCCUGGCUAGCCUGGGCUAGCCUAGAACUCUGUAUAGAGCAGACUUGACUCACACACUUGCAGUCGUUCUCCUGCCUCUGCUCCCCGGUGCUGGGGUUAGAGAAAUGUACCUUGUGGCCCCUCCUGUGUGUGUGUUUGUUUUAUUGUUUUUAAACUCUUCAGUCAGUUUCUAGCCUGUUGAUCCUGAAUUUGGGAUAUUUCCCUGUGUGUUUUAAAAUAAAUGUGCAUAAAACUCUGAAA